ACUUGUUUAUUUUUGGAACCACUGUGCAUUGUUACGUUAAACGGAAUUAAGUAAAGAAAACACUACAAAAACAAAACCCAAAUGAAAAACAACAACGAGACAAAAUUAAAUAACAUCAAUCUGUGUGUUCGUGUGUGUGUGUGUGCAUUUUUGUGUGUUUCAUAUGUUUUUGUUUCUUUCUUCGCACAAUUUGUUUUUUCUCUCAAUUUCAUUGAGCAUCAGUACCACUCAAACAGUGGUUAUAGCAAUCGCUCUGAGUGGACUUUGUGACAAGAGCAGCAAUAACUGUUACAAUGACCUGUCGUCGCUCUUUGGAAUAUCUGGCCGCUGCAUUGGCCGUUGCAGUGUCCAUUGCAUUGUUGGCAUUCGCAAUAUCGGCCACGCAUUUCAAACGUGAACAGGCCAAGCCAGGGAACAAUAAUGGACCGAGUGAAAAUAAACGUGGAAACAUAACCGAAACCCAAUUGUUAAUUGGAACAACAGAUGUGCCGUUGAUGCCGCCAACAACAACACAAUCGCCAUCAUUGUCGUCAUCAUCAUCGCCCAGCAAAACGCCUGAAACGCCACAACCACCAUCAAUUGUGACCAAUUUAAUGCCUCCCGUAAUGACCAACAACAUAACCACUUCAACGGCCAAAAAUCUCCUCAUUGACUUGACAACCGUUAGCCCAGCGGUAACACCAGUCACCUCGAAUAGCAUCGUUCACAUCGACAACGAUGAUUGGGAUAGUUUUGAAUAUGCCAUUGUUUCGACAACUUCCGCCUCUGCAUUGGAUCCUUCAACAAUUGAGAAAGACACACAUGUUGUGGUGAACACAUCGCUGGGUAAAAUUCGUGGUCGUUUCCAAAAAUUCCGCUCAGGUGAACGUGGUGGCUACUAUAGUUUUAAGGGUAUCCGUUAUGGCCAAGCUCCAGUGGGCGAUAGAAGAUUCCGAGCAGCUGAACCUGAAAGAAGUUGGGCCGGCAUUCGUGAUGCCUCCCGGGAGGGCAACAGUUGUCCGCACAAAAACAUGAUUUUGGACACCUUCAAAGGCAAUGAAGAUUGUCUAUUUUUAAAUGUGUUUACCAUGAAGCUGCCCAAGGGAGAAUACAAUCCCCAGCUACCGGUUAUGGUUUGGAUGCAUGGUGGUGGCUAUUCAUUUGGUUCGGGCAACACCUUCCUCUAUGGGCCCGAUUAUUUGGUGGCCGAAAAUGUGGUGUUGGUAACACUAAAUUAUCGUCUUGGCCCAUUGGGUUUCCUGACGGCAGGUCCCGAUGCCCCCGGCAAUCAGGGUCUGAAAGAUCAAAUUCUAGCCCUGAAAUGGGUUCGUGAUCACAUUGCCGAUUUUGGUGGCAAUCCCAAUCAGGUUACCAUUUUUGGUGAAUCAGCAGGUGGUUCAUCUGUGCAAAUGCUUCUGCUAUCACCCUUGGCAAAGGGUCUAUUUCAUCGUGCCAUUUCGGAAAGUGGUUCUGCUCUUAAUCCAUGGGCCAUGGGUGAAAGUUCGAUGACAAGGGCAUAUCGACUGGCCGCCAAUUUGGGUUAUGUUGGUGCUAAUGAUACCGAAGAAAUUCUAGAGUUCCUGAGAAGGGUGCCAGCCAUGAAAUUGGUUGAAGCUGCUCCAACAACGCUGACCGAAGAAGAUUUUCGUAAUAAUGUGGGGUUGCCAUUUGUACCGGUGGUUGAGGGCUAUUGGAAUAAGCCAGGAGAACAGCCAAUUUAUUAUGAGGCUCCCUUGAUUACGGAAAGUCCGGAGGAGAUGUAUAAUCAGCAUAAAUUCCAUAAAAAUAUUCCAUAUAUGACGGGCUACAAUACCCAUGAGGCCAUGUUGUUCAUUAGACGUUUACGCAAAAAUCCCCAACUAUUGGAUAUCAUUGAAAAUGACUUUACCCGUUUGGUGCCUAGGGAUCUCAAUGUCACCGAUGAUCGUGAGCGGGUUACAAGGGAAAUUCGCCAAUUCUAUUUGGGCAACAAGCAAGUGGGCAUUGAAUCUGUGGAUGAAAUGAUUGCGUUACUUACCGAUCUAAUGUUUGUCCAUGGCAUAAGACGUACGGUGCGGAAUCAUGCCAAAUAUGGUAAUAUGCCGGUGUAUAUGUAUCGCUUUGCCUUCGAUGGUGCUUUAGGGCUGUACAAGAGAAUGUUGGGCUUGCAGCGACCGGGUGUGUGUCACGGUGAUGAAUUGGGUUAUUUGUUUAAAUUUGGAUUCUUCAAUUUGAGUUUGGAUCCCAAAUCAAUGGAGGUGCUAGUCAAAAAUCGUAUGGUGCGGAUGUGGACUAAUUUUGCUAAAUAUGGUAAUCCCACACCACCCCAUUUAAAUGAUGAUUUCCUUAACACAACAUGGUCUCCGGUGGAUCCCAAUGGUGUUAUGGAGAGCCUUAGUUUUAUGGAUAUUACCACAAAUCUACAAAUGAAAAAUAAUCCCGAACUGGAACGGCAACAAUUUUGGGAUUAUAUGUAUGAACAUUAUAAUGGCAAUGCCAUGUAGAGGAACCGCGCGCGCCGAGGAGAAACAUAGUGCAACAUUUAUUUUAUUUUCGAAAAAAAACACACACACAUAAACACAAUAUCCACCAGAAUUAGGUCCAUAUAACAAUUCCACACACCAUAUGUUUUUAUUCUUUACACACACACAUGUACCCACAAAAAUUCAUAUGCCAUCUGUGUAGUUUAUUUUGUUCCGACAAGUAAGCUUUUCACAAAAAAAAUCAAACAAAACACCCAUUAGUUUAUUAUUUUUUUAUAAACUUCACAAACACACACCCUCGUCUUCCCCUCCCUCACUUCCCCCUUUUAGAAUAGUCUAAUACUAGUUAGUUUUUAAACAAAAGAAUGUGUUAUACGUCUGCUAGUUUUCCCUUGAAGACCCCUUCCAAAAAAAAGUUAAGAGGGAAAAUCUGGAGAAGCAUUUAAUAAGUUAUUUUCACCUACACGAUGUGUAAAUAAUCCCAGACAAUUUUUAUAUAUUUUUAACAUGCAUACAUAUAUAUUUUCUAAAUAUAUAUAAUAAUAUUAUACAAAUUAAUAAGGUUUCUUUUUUGUCACAAUCGUCGUCUCACACACACACAACAAAUUUUAUAACUUAAAUUAUUAUAUUUUAAAAAACAAAUGAUAUUUUUUUACAACAUAUUGUAUUUGUUUUUACAAUUGUUUAAUAUAAACGAUUUUUUUACAAAAAUAAAUGAUAAUUAUAAAAACA